CAGGUAUGGAGUACCUUGACUUCGGAUAUGCUGUGGGAUCGUGUCCUGUUAACAAAACGGGUCAAAAUGAGGCAUCUUCCAGACUCAAAUGUGGUGUGGACAAAUUUGGGAAUAGUCAGUACGUCUGUGUUCCUAACUUUAAGAAGACAGCCAUUGUGGAGUACUGCUACAAAGGCAUUGUGGGACUUCAAAACCCAGGUUCAUGUUUGGUAGUAAAUGAUGAAGGAAUUGUAGACAUCAUCAGCUGCCGUAGCUUCACAGAGGGCUGUCCAACAACACACUUCAAGAGUUCUGAUCUCUUUCAGUAUCCAGCAUGUCAUCACAUAAACAGAAAAGAGCGGUGUUUUUAUGCGGAUCCGAAAUGUCCCAAGAUAGAUCAAAAGAUAACAACAAGAAACAGUACAUUUGUGGCCUCUAAUGCAAUGAAUGACUCUACAACAACACCUGGUUUUUCAAAUGCAACUGAAAUAACAGAAACUGGACAAAUUCCUGCAGGAGCAAUUGCUGCCUUUACUAUAGCAUUAUUUACGAUACUUAUGAAGAAAGAGAAAUUGUUCCUUUGA